AUGGACGGCGACUACCUUCGCCUCAGCGCAGGUGCUGGCCUGGGUCUUGUUGGAGUCGGAUCCCUCCCCGCCGCACGUGCCCUCGUCAAGCGGGCAUUCGCCAAGAAGCAGCCUCAGGACGAGAUAUAUCAAGAUGCUGAUGGCAAGAGUACACCGGAAGCGCAGGCUAGGUUUUCGACCAAACAUUCCAAGUUCCUGGUCAUCUUCUUUGCUUCAAUAGGCCUUGCCAGUUCACUGGCCGUCGGGGUCCUCGUGACCCAGGGUCGUGGUGGUAGAUACCUUUUUUUGGAUUCAUGGUUCAACGCCGGAGCCUGGGGAUUCUUCCUAGUCCAAGCCAUCGCCAUAGCUUCAAGCAGAGAAUGCACCCAUGCAUACCGCCUUGGUAUCUACUCAUUCCUGGCUGCCAUCGUGUUCUUCGCGAGUCUUGUCAUCCAGACUACCCGCAAUGUUGAAUACAUCAUGCGGCGCGAUGCAGUUCUUUUCUCAUUUGGGAUUUUCCAGAUUUUCGCCAUUCUGGCCCUAGCCCUUGCCAGCUUCUCGAUAGAGCGCCGUCCGGACGUUUUUGAUGAGGAAGGCAGGCUGGUGGAUCGAAUGUACACCGCCUCCGCCUUCAGCAGAUUCAACUUCAACUGGCCCAACUACAUUUUGAGCCUUGCACGCAAGCAAGGUGACCUUGAACACAAGGAUCUGGGGCGUCCGAACCACUAUGUGCGGGCAAAGGAUGUUUUGGCAGACUGGAAGCGCCGCGGUUACACCAGCCGUCUCUGGCUCAGCAUCGCGCGUGCUCACGCUUCCGGCUUCGUUCUCCAGUGGGUCAUGACAUUCAUAACAUCGAUACUCAACUUUGCACCCCAGUGGGUGAUCCUGCAGCUACUCCGCAACCUGGAAAGACGAGAACCUGGAACGCCGUACUCCCUGGACGUCUGGAUGUGGGUAUUCUGGCUUGGAGCGGCGAUUGUCGUUCAGAACUGGGUCGAAUCAUACGUCUUUUGGCUCUCUUGGGUCGAGCUCACGAUUCCCAUCCGUUCCCAGCUGUCGGCCCUUGUGUUUGAAAAGGCGAUGCGGCGAAAAGACGUCAAGGGGACUGAUAAAACGGACAAGGCAAAGGAGACCGACGCCGCAACUGCUGAGGAACAGGGAGAGGAGGACGAAGCUGAAGCACUAAAGAAGAGCAAGCAGGGAACCGUAAACCUGAUCGGUGUCGAUGCGUACCGUGUCGGAGACUUUGCCGCCUAUCAGAACCUGUUCCCUGGUAGCUUGUUCAAGCUCAUAGUCUCGCUGACCUUCCUCGUAUCCUUACUGGGGUGGAAGCCGUUGUUAGCCGGCUUCUCGUCCAUGAUCGCCAUCUUGCCAAUCAACAUCUAUUUUUCCAAGGCCUAUGCGGCCGCUCAAGAUCGCUUGAUGAAGGUCCGAGACGAGAAACUGGCUGUCGUCACUGAGGCGCUUCAGGGCAUCCGACAAAUUAAAUUUUCGGCUCUCGAGCCAGAGUGGGAGAAGAAGGUGGGCAGCGUCAGGGCGAAGGAGCUCAGAUGUCUCUGGGAGGUGUUGAAAUCAGAUACCGCUUUGCUUGGCUGCUGGGUGACCAGUCCAAUUCUUCUGUCCGCCAUAUCGUUGGCUGUCUAUGCCUACCUGAAUGACGAACUCACCCCUUCGGUUGCUUUUGUCAGCCUUGGAGUGUUUAAAGCGCUCGAAAUGACCCUCUCGGUGGUCCCAGAGCUCACGACAGAUCUCGUCGACGCCUGGGUCUCCGUCAACAGGCUGGAGGAAUAUCUCAAUAGCCCAGAUAUUGAACAGAUUGCGAAGGAAUCUGAUAACAUCGCAUUCGAAAACGCCUCGAUUGCAUGGCCCUCGGAUGCCAAGCUCGACGAAGGCGAAAGGUUCGUUCUGCGUGAUAUCAACAUCAAUUUCCCGCGCGGCGAGCUGUCAGUCAUCUCGGGGAAGACAGGUACUGGCAAGAGUCUUCUUCUGGCGGCGGUCCUUGGUGAGGUUGAUGUACUGGCUGGAGAUUUGUAUCUUCCGCGUGCCCCUGCCCUACAAGACAGACACGACAGCAAAGCAAACAAGUCGAACUGGAUCAUCCCCAACGCUAUCGCCUAUGUUGCACAGAUCCCAUGGAUAGAGAACGCAAGUAUAAAAGACAACAUCCUCUUUGGGUUGCCUCUCGAUGAGGAUCGGUACGAGGAGACGAUCGAAGUGUGCGCACUCAAGAAGGACCUCGAGAUCCUUAGUGAUGGCGAACACACCGAGAUUGGUGCCAAUGGUAUCAACCUUAGCGGUGGACAAAAGUGGCGUGUCACUCUCGCCAGAGCCAUGUACAGCAGGGCAGGAAUCCUGGUGUUGGACGACAUUUUCAGCGCAGUAGACGCCCAUGUCGGCCGUCACAUCUUCGAAAAGUGUCUCACAGGCAGGCUGGCAGAAGGCCGGACCCGCAUCUUGGUGACGCAUCAUGUUGCUCUAUGCGAGCCGAAGACGAAGUACAUGGUCGAACUUGGUGAUGGCAAGGUCCAAUGUGCUGGAAUGGUGGCUGAGCUACAACAAAACGGGGCUCUGGAGCAAAUCAAGCGCCACGAGGAGCCACAGCAGGAUGUCAAUACCAACGCUACAAACACAGCGGUCAACUCCGAUGGCUCGGAAGAUGGGGAGGACGAGACUGAGGGAAAUACCCUUAAGCGAGUCACAUCAAAAGUGGUUGCCAAAAAGUUUGUAGAGGAUGAGUCGCGGGAAAAGGGUGCUGUACGGAAAAAGAUAUACUCUGGAUACCUCAAAGCCAGCGGCGGCUGGUUCUUCUGGAUGCUGGCCCUUGCCAUAUUCUUCACAAACUCUUCCUUGAGCCUCAUCAGAUCAUGGUGGCUCGAGCAGUGGACGGGUAGCGAUAAGGGCGUUAGCUCAAACGUCUUCUACGGUCUCGCCACGCCGAAUAUGGGACACUCGGGUCCUUCCCAGCCAUCAUAUCCUUACCUUUUUGGCACGCCACAGCAAACACUGCUAGAAGGGCCAGCAACAAUGGGCUCCACGGUCGUUUCGCAACAAGCAGAGCACAGCGUGCAGUUCUAUCUCGGCAUAUAUGUCGUUUUGUCCAUGUCGGCUGCCUUCGUUGGUACUCUAAGAUUCUUCUACAUCUUUACAGGGUCUGUAAGGGCGAGCCGUCUCCUUUUUCGGCAGAUGAACUUUGCCAUCCUGCACGCGCCCCUGAGGUGGCUAGACACAGUGCCAGUCGGACGCAUCUUGAACCGCUUUACGGCAGACUUCAAUGUCAUUGACUCGCAACUGGCCAACUCGUUCACAUUUGGCUUUGGCUCCUUCUUGGGACUCUGGACGGUAAUCAUUGCAGGCAUGUUUGUGUCCCCACUGGUUGUGGUCUUCGCGCUUGCACUGCUCGUUGUCUGCGCCUAUGUUGCGCUCCACUACCUGGCCGCCGCGCGGCCCGUCAAGAGGCUCGAGAGCAACGCCAAAAGCCCCGUCUUUGAGCAGUUCGGAUCGGCUUUGACGGGCGUGGCGACUAUCAGGGGGUUUGACAAGACACAGACGUACAUUGAAAGAAUAUACAAUCGUAUAGACGACUAUUCGACGGCCACAUGGCACUUGUGGCUGUUUAACCGCUGGAUGGGCUGGCGUAUGGUCUGCAUUGGCAGCCUGUUUGCCGUUUUUGUUGCAGUCCUGAUCCUGGCGUCAAAAGAUAUAGGCGCUUCCCUUGCCGGUUUUGCUCUGGCUUUCUCACUCGAGUUUGCAAACUCGAUCAUCUGGAUGGUCCGGCUGUAUGCAAACGUCGAGCUCAACAUGAACGCAGCGGAGAGGAUUAUCGAAUAUACGGAGAUUAAGACGGAGACUCUGGAAGGUGAGAGACCUCCCGCCGCCUGGCCGACAAACGGCAAGAUCGAGGUCGACUCUCUGGUCGUGGGAUAUGCACCUGAUCUGCCUCCAGUGCUCAAGGGCUUGACUUUUACAGUCGAGGGCCGGCAGAGAAUUGGUGUCGUCGGGAGAACGGGCGCCGGCAAGAGCAGCCUUACUCUGGCGCUAUUUCGCUUCUUGGAAGCAACUGAGGGUAAGGUGAUGAUAGAUGGGAUAGACAUUUCCACUAUCAGACUCCAUGAUCUCCGGUCUCGCCUGGCAAUCAUUCCACAGGACCCUGUUCUUUUCUCGGGAACUGUCAGGUCGAACCUGGACCCAUUCGAUCACCACACAGACGCCGAGCUUCGUGAAAGCCUGCUACGGGUGCACCUGAUAUCUGAGGCGAGCGGUACUGUAACACCAGCCAACGCUGCUGCUGGCGAACAUUCAAGUGGUGCCUCGACAACCAGCACUGGCAAGAACUCCAACAUCUUCGCCAACCUAUCCUCGCCAAUCUCGGAAGGUGGUCUGAAUUUGAGCCAGGGGCAAAGGCAGCUACUCUGUCUAGCUCGCGCGAUCGUGGCGCGUCCCAAGGUCAUGGUGCUUGAUGAGGCAACGUCGGCCGUUGACAUGCACACGGAUGCAUUGAUCCAGAGGAGCAUCCGGGAGGAGUUUACAGAUGCGACACUGGUUGUCAUUGCCCAUCGUUUGAGCACCAUAUCCGACUUUGAUAAGAUCCUCGUGCUGAGCGAGGGAGCGGUGACAGACGCGCGCGACCGACCGUCCGCUCGCGGCAGCGCAAGCCGUGGAGGCCCUGCGAGGUCAGGGCAGGGCGGCCCCGGGCGAGACAAGAUGCCCAUGCGCUUCGUUUCGGUCGACAACGUGCUGCAAUACGCCUCCGAAAUCCCAUCCGGCCAACCACGUGUUCCGCCACCGGGUCAGCAGGGCGUCCACCUCCACCAUGCGCGACCCGGAGGCGGCCCAUCGAUGCGGCGGAACAGCCACGGAGGGCUGCCCACGCUAGCCAGCAUACGAACUGGCCUUCAGAACGUGCCAAGCCGCACGACCAAGAUCAGCGAGAAGUUGGUCCUCCUGCCCGAAAUGGAGAAGGGCGACGACGAUGACGAUGACGAUGACGCCGACGGGGAGACGCUGCCGCCUCCAGUACUGCGGCAGGACAGCUCCGAGGACACGCCACUGCGUGACGAGGAGCUCGAUGUUUUGCGCAAGAGGGGCGGAAUCAGAGGCAAAAGCUUUGCCGAGAGGCUACCCAAGGUCCAGAGGGGAGAUCGCGUUUCGAGGCUCACGGCAUAUUGCACCGCCCAGGCGGUCAAGAUGAAACCAACGGCUGAUUUCCUACGAACCAAGCUCGGCGCAAAGACCAAGCUGUACGACGACUGCCUCUACACCGUCUUCCAUCUACCUUUACUUCCCGGAACCGAUGGGUACCGGGUCCGGAGCCGACCCGUGCUGAAAACUCCGGGCACGGGGAAGACGGUACUGGAUAUUGAGAUCGAGCGGAGCGAGAGGCGGGACGAACACAUGGGCUACUUUUACGAGUAUCCUACUACGGAGGAAGGGACCGAUAUCCCCGCGCCGGUAAACGGGAGCCACGACAUGGCCAUGAAUGGUCCAAGCCCGGUAGACAGGCUGGUGGCCGAGGCCAAAUCGUUUGCUGAGAUGUUUGUCUUUUCAUACGGUGUUGUCGUGUUCUGGAACUUCACCGAGAACCAGGAAAAGGACAUCCUGGCCGACAUGACUUUCUCCGAGAAUGAGGAGGGCGUGUCUCUACAGACCCGUCCACUGGACCAAGAUGACUACGAGACGGAGGAGUUUCAUUUUGAUUACAGCGCCGACGUAAAGAGGCCACGGGUCUUCAACGACAUGAUCACGCUGUUGCCCAGGAGCGAUCACAUGGUCAAGCUGACUAUCAGCCACGCAAUCGCGCAAAGUACUAAGCUGUGCUAUUUUGAGGAGAAGAUGUCGGAUACGAUGCUCGAUGCCCAACACGUGCCCAAGCAACUGGCUUUGACGGGAGAGCUCGCCAUGACGAGGACUGAAAUUGUAAAGAUACUCGGGAGACUGUUCAAAAGCCGUGUUGACAUCAACUUAUCAUCCAACAUACUCGACGUGCCCAACUUCUUCUGGGAUUCGGAGCCGACAUUACACCCUCUCUAUGUUGCCAUCCGGGACUACCUCGAGAUAGAUCAGCGCAUCAAGGUUCUCAAUGAGCGAUGUCGGGUGUUUCUUGAUCUCGCCGAAAUAUUGUCAGACUCGGUAGCCGACGCAAAGAUGAGCUCCAUCACCUGGAUCAUCAUUAUCCUCAUUGUGGUCAGCAUUCUGGUCACAGUAACCGAGGUGACACUGAGGUUCGGAAUAUUGGAGAAGGAGAGAGGUAAGAAGGGAGUUGGUGAUGAAGUCGGGCAGCCGGAGCUGAGGAGUGAUUUGUUAAGUCGGCUAAGAGAUGCGAAUAUCUCUUUGGAUGAGCUACGAAUCUGGGGUCAGGGCCUGAGUGAGCCCGAAAAGGGUGCAGUAUGUGGCUCAACGUACGUGGGCAGGACAUUUGCAGGUGUUUGA